AAGCAGGAAGUGGGACCAAAACAAAGGAGCGGCGACCGGGCGCGGACGUGUUUUUCCUGGUCUCCCUUCCGCGUGCUUCCCGGUCCGAGCCGCCGACCCCACGGAGCUGUCCCGCCAUGUCUAACAUGGAGAAACACCUGUUCAACCUGAAGUUCGCGGCCAAAGAACUGAGCAGGAGUGCCAAAAAAUGCGAUAAGGAGGAAAAGGCCGAAAAGGCCAAAAUUAAAAAGGCCAUCCAGAAGGGCAACAUGGAAGUAGCGAGGAUACACGCCGAAAAUGCCAUCCGCCAGAAGAACCAAGCGGUGAAUUUCUUGAGAAUGAGUGCGCGGGUCGAUGCGGUGGCUGCCAGAGUCCAGACCGCGGUGACGAUGGGCAAAGUGACCAAGUCGAUGGCCGGUGUGGUUAAGUCGAUGGAUGCGACGCUGAAGACCAUGAAUCUGGAGAAGAUCUCUGCGUUGAUGGACAAAUUCGAGCACCAGUUCGAGACGCUAGAUGUCCAGACGCAGCAAAUGGAAGACACGAUGAGCAGCACGACGACGCUGACCACUCCCCAGAACCAAGUAGAUAUGCUGCUCCAGGAAAUGGCAGACGAGGCGGGCCUCGACCUCAACAUGGAGCUGCCGCAAGGCCAGACGGGCUCCGUGGGCACGAGCGUGGCUUCGGCCGAGCAGGAUGAACUCUCCCAGAGACUGGCCCGCCUUCGGGAUCAAGUGUGAUGGCGCUGAGCUUUCCUUCUGAAUGCUCUCCAGAGAUACUAUACCCUAGAAGCAUGCCGAAACGCCCUUCUUCCUGCCUUCGGGUUUACGGCUCUCCACAUACGUUAAGAAAUUCCUCCAGUCUCUCUCCACUCUUAACUGGAUUUUAAAGUUCCAUAUAGCUUGUGAUGAUGUGUAUUUUUAUAGCUGCCUUUUAAAAAGAACUAGUUAAUUUGCUCUAUAGGAAUCGCGAAAAUUCGGACAGAACUCUCUAGUCCUCAUGUAUUCAGUUUUCCAUUUAGUACCAGAUUGAAGUUUUAUUUUAAUGUGGUUGAUACAUGAAUGUUACAGGCGGUGCAUAAAAAUUAAAGGGGAGUGAUUACUUAUUUUGGUUACAAGACUACACUUUGUUCAACUUAUUCAGUGGGCCGGUGUGCACAUUCUUUUUGGUUUUACUAUCAAGACUGUAAUUGACUAUUAAUUUAUUCUCGUAAAUUAUACUAAAAUUACCUUAGAAGAUUUUUGUAUAAUAUUCUCUUGUUUACAUUGUGUAAACUCAUGAUUAUGGAGUUUGUGUAAGUGGGAAAAUGCCACAUAAUUUCAUUUAUCAGAAAAAUUAAAUCUGUCCAGUUAUCUUUUCUGUUUACCAAAUAGUUUUUAUGAAGAGUUAGUAAGUUUAACAUUUAACAAUUCCUAAUUUUCCUAUGGCAACACUUCAUCAGAACUGAUGUUAAUUAGUAUGGCAGUUAAAUUACACACCUAACAUUGCCAAAGAACUGUUGAUUCGUUCGGGGAAACCCUGUGACUACAUGCUUACAGGUUUUGUUUUAACAACCAAAAAUAGAAAUAAAAUUAGAACUGUAUUUUAAGUUCUAAUUAUUUGCAUUUAUCAUUUUGUCUUAAACCAGCAAAACUCAAAAAUGUAGCUUGGAAUGUUUUAGCCAGCCAGGAUGAUCAAAAGGGUUUGGAAUUGAAGGCAAGGAUAGGCUGAAGGCCAGCUGUACCACUACCCUCCUCAGGAACUGCAGCUCCCAGUGUAUUCUCUGGCUGAAUUUUGAGGCCAAAGUCACCACUUUUCAUAACCUCAAAACAUAGAGAACAGUGACUUUGUUUUAUUUGGCAAGUGUUGGGGAGUUUUUUGGGUUUUUUUGUGUGUGUGUUUUUCAAUUCUCACUUUGUUUCCAUAGAAGUUUUCUCCAUAAGAGAAUGCCAGUGUUUUAGGAAAUCUUCCAAGCUCUUGCAAAGAUUCAUCAUUUUAACAUGCUUUCCAGUGUUUAAAAAAAAAAAACUAGAGGUGAAUGUAGAUGAGUACUGACCUUCGUGUUGUAGAGUGUUCUCUUCUUCUUGGUGGGAGGGUUCUGGGUAUUCAUGUCUCCUGUGAGGGACUUAGUUAAUUGCCCAGCGUCUUCUCUUAUGUAGGGCCCGAUAGCAGGUCACUUGUGGUACCAUCCACACAGUUGUGCAGAGGCAUCUGUGUGAGAGCAGCAUGUCUUGACCUCCCUUUAGUCUGGAAAAACUUGGCUAUUUGCAGUUUCCAAAGUAGCUCCGUGUUGAAUUCUUUGAUAAAUUAAAAACCCUUUUAUACUGCUGAUAUUCCCAUCAAAAUAUAUUUUGUGAGAUUAAACAAUGCUGUAUAUGCUUUAACUUUCCUAAAAUAUGUUCAUUUCAUAAUAAAUGUACAUUUCUAUGGAUCAUAAAUAUUUUCAAAAACA